AUGCCUCAGACAGGUCCUUCCAUGUCCCCAGCAUUGGGCAUCCGCCUUGAAGGGAAUCAACAUUCAUAUUCUCCAGGUGACACAGUCAUUGGCUGUGUUUACCGAAAAAGUCCAGUCGUGAGCCCAGACACAUCGGUCACCAUCUCCCUAUCCGGAAGAGCCAAGUCCAAGAUAGUGAUCCACCGCGCAGAAACAAACAACGCAGCUAAAUACCGAGGCCGUUUCAAUCUCAUCCCCGAGUCUGCUGGCUCCCAAAAAAUCUUCCAAGGUCCGCUGCAUAUUCAAAGCGGCGGCGAUGAGCAGACUUGGCCGUUUGCAAUAACGCUGCCAAAGCAUGUUGACCCGAAGUACCUACAAGGCGGGCGCCAAGAACACAGCUAUUUACCUCUCGGCGCAACAGAUCAUGUUCUCCCAUCGACCUUUACUCUUCGCGCGCUUGGAGAGACUGAGGGGUUUAUCGAGUAUUUUAUGAAAGCUACCAUGAGGGUCACCGGAAAGGGUCAUAUUGAUGUGACUGAAGCUGUCCUUCCGUUCAAUGUCAUCAAUCUCAGUCCUGACCCUCCCAUAGCGGACUUUGGUCUUAAAGGUUCACGGAGCCGUCAGACCAUGUCGAGCUAUCGCCUUGUCCCCGGUAUGGAAGCCGUUAAAUUAUCAUUUUCCCAAAAGAUAAAGCAGUCUUUUAGCACUUCAAGUGUACCAGAAUUCGUCUACAGUCUACUCGUUGACGUCCCAACUGUCAUCCAACUUGAAAACCCAAUUCCGAUCCCUUUCAAGUUACGUGUCGUUCCAGAUUUGAAAGCGACAAGCGAAAUCAUCAAAGAAAUCCCUCAAAAAGUCAAAUUAAUAUCUGUUUCUAUGCGAAUCGUCAGCAGCACUGAGGUCAUAUGUGAAGGAACUCUGUUUUCCCAGACAAAUGAAAAACGCGAGGAGAUUGACUUGUGUGUUGAGAGUGCCCUAAACAGGAUUCAGGGCGACAUCUAUAUACCCUGUACAGAUGAAGGGCCACCACUCGAUAUUGGAGCCAUGCUUGGUUUGCGUCUUGAACAGUUGCGACCUGGUUCUCCUCAACGACCGAGCAAUUUAGUGAAACUCAACCCUACCUUUGCCACAUACAACAUUCGGCUCUCGCACAGAUUGACAUGGAAGGUCAUAGGUACAAUAGCGGGAGAGCGCUUUAGUGCAUUAGGGGCAGUCCCGAUAAGGAUCUUGAUGCCAAGUGACGAGCGAGGUCGACCGGGUGAAAAAGACUCAGUUCAAAGGGACGGAACUGAGGCUGCAUUUCACGGUGAUUCAGGUCCCUCCCAAUUGCAGAGAAAUGAGUUUUGGAUCCAGCCCCCGGACGAUGACGCACCCCCAAGCUUUACUGAAGUAGUCGGGGAAGACCCAGAAGUACGUGUGGCAGAGAAGUCCGGGAAAUAG